AUGUCGUCGGAUCAAUUUAAAGCAGUUGGUAUAGCAACUUUCAAGGGAAUUGGAAAGGGGGCCAAGAAGCUUGGCCAAGCUGGCCAUGAAACUUACAAGAAGAACAAGGCAGAGAGGAAUGGAACAACAUACGUGCCGCCUCAAAAGGAUGACAAACAACUGUCCCUGUCGCAUAGACCAGCCAGCUUAGAACCUGAACCGGAGCAACCAUAUAGGUUUAGACCUUUACCUAGUAAAGAGACUCUACAAUCGUAUCAACCACCACCGAAAAGAAAUGUCGGAGCUUAUAGCAUUCCAGAGCGUGGAGGUCAGUCAAAAUACGCAACAGCAGUUACAGCAACAACUACCAAUACUACUCAGGUCCAACAGAGUGGUGAUGUAGGAGUGCAACAAGUAUAUUCAACCACCUCUCAGCAGCAGCAGCAUCAGCAGUUUCAGUCUCCUCAGCAAGUACAUCAACACCAACAACAACAACAGCCACAACUAGUGUAUGAACAACAGCCUCCUAGAUAUGAAACACAACCUUCGUACUCUGCCAGCGAACAGUCACUGUAUCAAAGUCAACCACAUCAAUCGCAAUACGAACAACCACAACCACAACCACUGCAACUAACUCAACCACAACAACCACCUCAACCACAUCCGCAAUUACCAAGCAGACCUCAAUCUCAGCAGCAAGUGCAAUAUGCAGUCCCAACUUCUCAAUUGGGACAACAAGGAUUAGCAUCCCAACAACAACAACAACCACUACCACCCCCAAGUUAUCAUCAGCAAAACUAUAAUUAUAACAAUCAACAACCAGCACAUAUACAAACACAAGCUCCGUCAUCAGUCCCUCCACAGGCCCAGUCGGUAAAUUAUUCUGCUGCACAACAAAUUAAUACAUUCCAACCCACAUCGUCUUUGGAUUUAUCAAGAGUAUCCACCAAUCAUACUGUUUCUAGCUCAAACUCAUAUGCAGCUCCGCCCAAUUACCCUCCUACACAAUCAAAACCAGAGGAAGCAGAAGCCUCGCCGCCACCACCACCAACUCCUGCACGCAGACCUUUACCAAGUCCCAACUCGUUCGCUCCUCCUCCCGCGCGCAAUCCAGCGCCUUUGCAACAAGUUAGAACGAACCUGACGGUGUCUUCCUCACAAACGACUCAAUCAAAUGAGUUGGCACCUCCUCCAUUACCAACCAGAAAGUCUUUGUCGUUAACACCUACAACAACUGCCAGUACAUACCAAGAGAAGGUGGAAGAUGCAUCCUCACCGCCUCCGAUGCCGCAGCGCAAGAUAAGUCUGAUUGCACAAGAAAUUGAAAACUUGUCUAUAAACAAGAAGAAACCGCCUCCACCAUCCAAGCCUUUAAAGCCUGCUUCACUUAAACCACAAAAGCCUGCGAAGCCUGCUGCGUUGUCGAAACCUACCGCAGAUACACCUCCACCAAUUAAGAGAAGAAACUAUUGA